GCGAGUCUGUAAACCUUAUAAGAUAUACACGCCCGCGUGGUCGGAGCUUUGCGGCUCGUAUUCGCUUCCGCGAUUAUAUCUUCUCCAUCUUGGCCGCCAUCAUAAUCGCCCCUCCUCCUACUGUCGUCAACAGCAAACAGUAACCCGUCCCGCAUCCGUCUUUGCAGACCAUGAACUGACAGACACAGAAGAGAUUAUACAGCAAGCAUAUUUGCUGAAGAAACCACACAGACCGCAGCGCAAUGGCUCCAGUAGGUCGGCAAACGCUUGCUCUCGUGCGCAAAUGCUUUAUUGUCUUCUGGCGAACCAUUGCUGGCUCUGUCUUCCGCGCCUUUGUAUUGCCGGUCGUCUUUGCGUUUGCUAUUUGUCUAUCUCAAUACCUGUUCGCUCCAUCAGGGCGGUACGGCAUCGAGACCCCCUAUCCGCUACGAUCUGUCGCUGAAGUGCUCGGCUCUCGCGACUUUGUCUAUCUCUCAUCUGAGAAAGGAGGGCUCACUGACGAGAUUCGCAAUGUCAUGGACAAAGUCACCUCAGGCCUCCCAGCUGACCAAGUCAUAGCUCUCGACGACCCCGUCGAUUUGCUGACAGUCUGUCGCCAGUCUCUGCGUGGCGCCAGUAACUGCCUAGUCGCUAUCGAAUGGCACGUUUUUGACUCGGAAAACAAGCUGUACAACUACACAAUCCGUGCCGACGCAGGCUUGAACCACAUCAACGUCAAGACGCACAACACAGAUGCUCAACGCUACAUCCUACCCACGCAAUGGGCACUCGACGCAGCCUUGCUGGAUCUCGACGUCGACGAUGCUCCGCAGACCAUGGCUUACACCACCCGAUCGCAAAAACAACAUGAGGACGAUAUCCGCCAGAACUUUAUGACUGCGUUCAGAAAUUACCUUUCUGCAGCGCUGUAUCUGUCAAUGAUCGGCGUGGUCUAUCAUCUUACUGGCGAGGUUGCUGCCGAACGCGAGCGUGGAAUCGCGACUCUUAUCGACAGUAUGGGGUGUAAGCCUAUUGCUCGUAUACUUUCUUUCUUCACGUCCUUUUCUCUUUUCUAUCUACCCGGUUGGGUAGUGUUUGGCGUGGCCACUGGUUCCUUGCUGUUUAAGAAGAGCAUGGGCAUCCAGAUCGUCUUCCACAUUCUCAGCGGCUUUUCCAACGUUUCCUUUGGCCUUUUCCUUGCGCAGCCUUUCAAGCAGGCCCAGUUUUCCGGAAUAUUUGGUACCGCUGUCUGUAUCCUGCUCGCAGUGAUGAGCAUCGUCCAGAGAGCAGUUGGUCCCCAUAAUGCUGCCACCUCUGGUGUCUUGGGGUUUAUCUUUCCACCCAUGAACUACGUGUUCUUUUUACAGGAGUGUGCCAGAUUCCAAUAUGCAGAGAAAGCCAUCAAUCUCUUGCAUGUGCCCCCAGAAGGCUUUGUCGCCCCGGGAAUAUACUGGAUCGGCUCCGUCGUUCAGACCUUUGUAUACUUUGGUCUGGCUCUAGUCGUUGACAAGCUCCUCUACAGCAUAUGCCCGCGCGUCGUUGACACUCUUGAAGACGAUCGGGCACUCGCACUGCAAGAACUAAGCAAGACAUACUAUCCAUGGACAUUCAACGGAAUGUUCUCAAAAUCAAAGAAACUCCCGCCCGUUGCUGCUGUGAAUUCGGUCGACCUCAAUUUCAGAAGAGGAGAGAUUUUCUGCUUACUUGGUGCUAACGGUUCGGGUAAAACGACUAGCUUGGAUCUUAUUUGUGGUGUUCAAAAACCUACCUCUGGGAGAGUCGUCUUUGGGUCGCAAUCAAGCUUGGGAUUCUGUCCACAGAGGAACGUCAUGUGGGACUUGCUUACGGUUGAUGAGCACGUCAAGGUAUUGACCACAUUGAAGAAUAACGACAAGCUGUUAAAGUCCGAGUUCAAAGAAGAAGUUGACAGCUUGAUAUCGGGCUGCGAUCUUGUUCCGAAGCGAAGUGCCCUAUCUAAAACACUGUCCGGAGGCCAGAAGCGCAAGCUGCAGCUUGCAAUGAUGCUGGCGGGCAACUCUGAAGUCUGCUGUAUCGACGAGGUCUCGUCUGGGUUGGAUCCGAUUUCUAGACGAAAGAUUUGGGAUAUCCUGCUUGCUUCAAGGGGAAAGCGGACAAUGAUUCUCUCCACCCAUUUCCUAGAUGAAGCAGAUCUUCUUGCCGACCAUAUUGCGAUCUUGGCCAAGGGUGAACUUAAAGCUGAUGGAUCCCCUGUCGAGUUGAAGCAGCGUCUCGGGUCUGGAUAUCAUGUAUUCAGCAUUGUCCCCGCGUCUGGUAAAGAAACAGUAUUCGACCUGACAAGUGCCUCGCAAGCUGUCUCUCUUAUCACGCAGCUGGAGCAGGAAGGUCAUAAAGAAAUCAGAAUAUCCGGACCACAGCUCGAGGACGUAUUUCUGAAAUUGGUUGCGGAUUCCGAUAGCGAGAUCAAAGAACUGUUGAACGAAAACGCAAUGUCUUAUCAAGACGAUGGAAGUACCGAGCAGGAGUCAAUCGGAGAGAAAGGAGGCGGAAUUUUCAAAGCCGUCAGCGCUAAGCAAGAUUUUGAACUGGACCUGAAGGGCGGUCAAAUCAUUGGUUUCUGGGGCCAGCUGAAAACUAUGCUCUGGAAACGGGUAAUUGUCACACGAAGAAACCCGAUGCCUACGAUUGGCGUUAUUCUUGUGCCGCUCAUAGUCGGUGCAAUUAGUUCUCGCUUUGUUGGCAACUACGUACCAGAAACCUGCGAUGCUGAAGAUCAAGUCAGCAGAAGAAAGACAUAUAGCUUCUCGCUAAACUUAGCUACUGCGUCUGUGAACAUGGUUUUGGGACCACAGAGUAGUCUCUCGACUUAUUUGACUGGUAUUCAGUCGUAUCUGGGGAUUUAUUACAGCAGUGCAUCUGAGGUCAACGAGAGCAUCAACAGAUUUGCGGCUAAUCUCACCAUGGAUGAUUCAAUCCCGUCCUUUGUCAACUCAAUCAGGACAAAUUACACGACAAUAACCCCCGGAGGACUAUAUUUGGAUUCACCAAGGACUGUCGCGUUUCGAGCCAACAGUGCCAACAAGAUUGCGCAGAGCGUCGAUGGAGUCAUUCUCGCGCCAAUCAUGCUCAAUAUGUUUGAUAACAUCAUUGGCAAUGGAAGCGCCACUAUAAUCACCGACUAUUCACCUUUCCAGUAUCCAUGGACUCCAUCCACUGGUGACUCGCUCUUGUUUGUCGUCUUUUUCAGUUUGGCAAUGAGCGUAUUCCCUGCCUUUUGUGCACUGUACCCGACAGUGGAAAGACUCCGCCAUGUUCGUGCGCUGCAUUAUUCCAACGGAUUGCGAGUCCUCCCACUGUGGGUUUCGCAUCUUUUCUUUGAUUUUGCUGGAAUCCUACUUGUGUGCGUCAUACUAGUUGGCGUCUUUGCCGGCCGCAGCUCUGACUGGUAUGGGCUUGGAUAUCUAUUUGCCGUCAUGAUUUUGAAUGCAUUCGCUUCGAUUUUGCUGGCAUUCCUAUGCUCAAUGGUGUCGCUAUCUCAGCUCUCGGCAUUUGCAAUGGCUGCCGGGUUCCAAUGUGCCUACUUUCUGGUGUACAUCCUUGCAUACCUCUUUGUUGAUGUGUUUGUCUCUGCACGCCGAGCGGAUACUGUGAUUCGUAUUGUGACGUAUGUGCUCUGCAUAUUUGCUCCGGUAGCCAAUCUUGUUCGUGCAAUAUUUCUGUCACUGAAUCUGUUUGGGUCCAUGUGUCACAACAGUGAUACGUACACUUACUAUGCCGAUAUCAGAGCCUAUGGACAGCCUAUAUUAUAUCUUGCACUUCAGAGUAUCGUGCUGUUUGGAAUUCUGAUAUGGUGGGAUUCCGGACGAUUUCGAAUUCAUUUCCAGAGGAAGUUCAAGCCCGCCGAUGCUGAAGAGAAGAUGGCGAGCCUGGACGAGGAUAUCUACACCGAGAUCCAGAACGUUGAAUCACCGAGCAAUCCUGGUGGCUUACGGGUUGUACAUUUAUCAAAGCGGUUUGGAAAAUUCGUGGCUGUCGAGGAUGUGACAUUUGGAGUAGCGCGUAGCGAAUGCUUUGCGCUCUUGGGUCCCAAUGGCGCAGGAAAGUCUACGACCUUCAAUAUGAUCCGCGGGGAGAUUGCCGCUUCGAGCGGUGAUGUCUUUGUCGAAAAUACGAGUGUGAGCAGCGACCGCGCACGAGCAAGAACAUUCCUAGGAGUCUGCCCUCAAUUCGAUGCCAUAGAUCGCAUGAACGUGACUGAAACAUUGGAGUUUUAUGCACGUUUACGUGGGCUGCGCAGCGAUGACUUGGUGCACAAUGUUGAGAAUUUGAUUUAUGCUGUGGGACUGAGUAAUUUCCGAGACCGUAUGGCUGCGAAAUUGUCCGGCGGUAACCGGCGCAAACUCUCGCUAGGAAUUGCUUUGAUGGCAAAUCCCUCUGUGCUUUUGUUAGACGAGCCCAGUUCCGGCAUGGAUGCGGCGAGCAAGCGUGUCAUGUGGAGAACAUUGGCUAAAGUAUCGGGAGACCGCAGCAUUCUGUUGACGACGCAUUCGAUGGAGGAGGCAGACGCGCUUGCCUCGCGAGCGGGAAUUUUGGCAAAGAAUAUGCUUGCGGUUGGCACUUGUGACCGUUUGCGACAACGGUACAGCAACGCCUUUUUCUUGCAUUUCCUGUGUAAAGGUGGAGUUAGCUCCACUACCGAAGAGAUGAAUGACAUUUACGAGUGGGCGGUAGCGAAAUUCAAGGGCCAUGCUGUUCAAAUUCAGGAUAUGAUGUAUCAUGGCCAAGUCAGGGUUGCGGUCGAAGGUCGCGGAGUGGACGGCGAUAUAUACCGGCUUUUGGAUAUAUUGCGUGCGAUUGAGGAAGAUCGGAGUACCCUCUCGAUCGAGUUCUAUUCAGUCGCGCAGGCGAGUUUGGAGCAAGUGUUUUUGAGUAUUGUGGGUGCACAUGAUAUUGCUGAAGAAGGAUACGCUAAUUAGUAGCUCUGGCUCUUUUGGUUUCGAAUUCAUUUUGUCUGUUAUUUUUACGUUAUUUUGAUUGACUUGUUUAGUUUUAGCACGUUGGUCCUACUGGAGUUAC